AUUAAAUUACUCCCAACAUUCUCUCCUACCAAAAAAUAUUAUUCCAUCUUCAUCCCUUUUAACCGCCGGCCGUCUUUCACUUCUCCGGCGAUAUCAUUUUUUCCCGUCAAGGUACCGACUUUACUUAAAAAACCCGUUCAUACACACAUCUAUCAUCUUCAUCGUCGGCGCCUGAUCUAGCUACUCUCAGCAGAAUUUGUCACAGAUGGCUUCUUCCUUCCGAGCAUUCUUGAACAGUCCAGUUGGUCCAAAAACAACUCACUUUUGGGGACCUGUUGCCAAUUGGGGAUUUGUUCUUGCUGGACUGGUGGACAUGAAUAAGCCCCCAGAAAUGAUUUCUGGCAACAUGACUUCAGCAAUGUGUGUCUAUUCAGCAUUGUUCAUGAGGUUUGCAUGGAUGGUACAGCCACGAAACUAUCUUCUGUUGGCAUGCCAUGCUUCAAAUGAGACAGUACAGCUCUAUCAACUUUCACGUUGGGCUAGAGCUCAGGGGUAUUUGUCUGAGAAGAAAGAGGAAGCCUCAUCUCAGUAAAGUACCCUUUUUUCCUGCUUUUCUUUCCAUUUUGAGAUUCUGCUAUUUUCUUGUGAUCCCUGUAAGAAUCUAUUCUGAGCUUUACUUUAUAAAGAAAUUGAUUUAAUUCUACCUUCAUCUGGCCGAAGCUUAAGCACAUAGUAAGCCGAUUACUGUUAAGUGGAAUCAUGAUCGGCCGCCUUUCUUAUUAUGCAUGAGUGGUAAAACAGCUUAGAAUUCUACAAUCACUGUUGAUUCAAUAAACGUUUUCUUGAUUUAGCUGA